AUAACUACCCAAAGUAGUUCGCCAGUUGAUCAACUCUCAUAAACCCCCAAAACAUUCACAUACGAAACUACAAAACCAAGCUGUACACUCCUCUCACUUUGUUCUCUCCGCCCAUUUCUUUCUCUCCGGCGGACAUCUCAAAGCCCCUCUCUCUCUAUAUCUCCAUCUCUCUCCGCAUCAAAAACCUAAUCUCUCUCCCUCUCUCUCUCAAAAAUGGCUUCACUCUCCAUCUCUCUCUCCUCAAAUCUCUCCGCCACAAGAUCCUCAAACUCAAUCUCUGAUCUCUAUCUCUCCUCCUCCAUCUCUCCGCAAUCGCUUCGCUUUUGCGGUCUGAGGAGAGCUGCCUUCACGCCUCUCAAGUCUUCCAGCUCGAAGCAAUUGGUUUCGAAGCAAUGUAGGGGGAAGUUGAGUGUGUGCGCCUCUGCGAAUGGGACGGUUUCUGGUGGUUUUGAUUAUGAUUUGGUUAUUAUCGGCGCCGGUGUUGGCGGCCACGGUGCUGCUCUUCACGCCGUCGAGAAGGGUUUGAAAACUGCCAUCAUUGAGGGUGAUGUGGUGGGAGGAACAUGUGUAAAUCGCGGUUGUGUCCCUUCCAAAGCACUUCUUGCUGUCAGUGGUAGAAUGAGAGAGCUUCAGAACGAACACCACAUGAAAGCUUUUGGUUUACAGGUUGCAGCUGCUGGAUAUGACAGACAGGCAGUAGCUGAUCAUGCCAACAAUCUUGCUUCCAAAAUCAGAAAUAAUUUAACAAAUUCCAUGAAAAAUCUUGGCGUUGAUAUAUUGACUGGUGUCGGUUCAGUUGUGGGUCCACAAAAGGUAAAAUAUGGAAAAGCUGGACUCCCUGAUACUACGAUAACAGCAAAAAACAUAAUUAUUGCAACAGGCUCUGUUCCAUUUGUGCCAAAAGGAGUUGAAGUUGAUGGCAAGACUGUAAUAACCAGUGAUCAUGCGCUCAAACUGGAAACAGUUCCUGAAUGGAUAGUUAUUGUUGGAAGUGGUUAUAUUGGUCUUGAAUUUAGCGAUGUGUAUACAGCACUUGGUAGCGAGGUUACCUUCGUUGAAGCCCUUGACCAACUAAUGCCUGGUUUUGAUCCUGAGAUUGGGAAAUUGGCUCAAAGGGUUCUCAUAAAUCCUCGAAAAAUUGAUUAUCACACAGGUGUAUUUGCAAGCAAGAUCACUCCAGCAAAGGAUGGAAAACCUGUAUUGAUUGAGCUUAUUGAUGCAAAGACAAAGGAGCCAAAGGAUACCUUGGAGGUUGAUGCUGCCCUCAUUGCAACUGGAAGGGCUCCGUUCACUAAAGGGCUUGGCUUGGAGAAUAUUAAUGUAGAGACUCAACGUGGAUUCAUUCCUGUUGAUGAACGGAUGCAAGUGAUUGAUGCAAAUGGGACACUGGUCCCUCAUUUGUAUUGCAUUGGUGAUGCAAACGGGAAGUUGAUGCUUGCACAUGCAGCAAGUGCUCAAGGAAUCUCUGUUGUUGAGCAAGUUACUGGACAUGACCAUGUCCUCAAUCAUCUGAGCAUCCCAGCAGCUUGUUUCACUCAUCCUGAAAUCAGCAUGGUUGGAUUAACAGAGCCUCAAGCAAGAGAAAAAGCUGAAAAGGAGGGAUUUGAAGUUAGUAUCGCAAAGACUAGCUUCAAGGCUAACACCAAAGCUCUUGCUGAAAAUGAAGGGGAAGGAAUUGCUAAGUUGAUAUACAGACCAGACAACGGUGAGAUCCUUGGUGUCCAUAUAUUUGGUUUACAUGCUGCUGACCUCAUACAUGAAGCAUCUAAUGCAAUGGCUUUGGGAACACGCAUACAGGACAUUAAGUUCGCUGUUCACGCACAUCCAACCUUAUCUGAAGUGCUUGACGAACUUUUUAAAUCAGCAAAGGUUAAAGCUGGGGUUUCUAGUCCAGUUGGUGAGCCAGUUUCUGUCUAAGAUUCCCAUAUUAGUACAGAAACAUACAUGAUAGUUGUGUGGAUUUUCAAAAAGUUGCCCAUAUUCGAGGACGAUGAAAGCAGUUACAUUAGGAGCAGUAGCACCUGAAUUUCUUGGUUGUGUUUCCAUAGUUGUGUUAUAAACCUAGAAGAGGUUUGGAGUUGAGCUAGCAUAUUCUAGUUUCCUCUUGGUUAACCAAGAAUUCAGUUUUGUCUUGGAUAGUAUUUUGAACUGUAAAGGAUGCUAUGUAACAGUGUCUAUUUAAAAUUAUCAGACUUUUAAGUAACAAAAAUAUAUAAAAAUGAGCAUAUGAUUUGUGUUGGUA